GUUCAUUUAGUGAUUGUUUGAAGUUACAAUGUCACUGAAAAAAGUGACUUAUGACCGUUUUUCACAUUUACAACCAUUGCAGCAUCCUCAUGGUCAUGUGAUCAAAAUUCAGAUGCUUGGCAACUGACUCAUAUUUAUGAUAGUUGCAGUGUUCCAGGGUUAUGUGAUCACCUUUUAUAACCUUCUGACAAUCAAAGUCGAUGGGGAAGCCAGAUUCAUUUAACAACCUUGUUACUAACAUAACAUAACAUAACAUAACAUAACAACCAUAGCAAAAAAGAUUGUAAAAUGGGCAAAUUCACUUAACAAGUGUUUCGCUUAGCAACGGAAAUUUUGGGCUCAAUUUUGUGGAUCACCUAUACCAACUUCAGCAAAUUGCCAACGAUUUCUGAACCAUCUUAUUUUAAUAAUUCAUUUUUAUUCAUGUUAAUAAGUUUCAUAAUACAUAUAGCUCAUAUUUCAUUAAGAAGAUCUUCAGAUAUUUGCAAAAACAUUUUUUUUUUUGUUUUAAAGAGAUCAUUUCCUAUGUCAUGCCAAAUAUGGCUCUACUUAUUUGGAAUUAUAGGAAGUGCAGUUCACGAGUCAAUAAAUUUCAAGGGCAUCAAACUAGGCUGUUUUUCAAGAAUGUUUACCCGAAGGACAUCUGAUGCUUUUCACUUCAUGCUACAUUGUUCAGAUAAGACUUUCAAGUGUUGCCUAAAUAAGGAAGAAACCCUCAGUGAGAUGAAGCUAGCCAUGAGACCAGAGUGACACAAGGAAUUCAAAUGGUGCAGGGCAUAAGCUGCUUUAUUACUGAACCUUGCCAUCUUUCUAAAAGAACAAAAAAUGAGAAUGCCUUUUCAGGAAUCUACAAAGAAUGAAGAUGAGGAAGUGGUGGAAGAUGAAGAAGAGGAGGAUACAAUAGUGUUCCUUAAACCUGUCAUUGAGGAUAAAAACAUGGAACUUGCAAAAAAGUGCACAGAGAUAAUAAGUAAUGUCCGUUAUAAAGAAGAAUAUGAAAAAUCAAAAGGCAGGUGGACAUAUGUGGCUGAUACUCUACAGCUGACACAUGAGAAAAAUAUAUCUGCUGUUACUUCUGAUGCGAAGUACAAAGCAAAGGCUAAGAAAGAACUUAGUAACUCAUUCUAUCAGCAAAUGCCUGCUACAAUUGAUAGUGUGUUUGCAAAAGAAGUCAUGAAUCUUCAGAGCAAGGUUCUUUACAGGAAAAAAUAUAAUGCAGAGAAAGGAAUAUCAAAUUAUGCACAGAUGAAGGAUCUUCCAGAUGUUAAGCAUGCCAUGGAAGUUAAUAAACAUCAGAGUAAUGUUUCAUAUAAAAAAGAUCUUCAGGAUAUUCACAAAUAUACUGAAAUUUCCAAUAGACCAGAUAUAAUGAUGGCAACAAAGCUAACAAAGAUAAUAAGCAAUGCUGAAUAUACAAAAGGAAAACAAGAAAUGUGCCAAGAGCCAACUGUACUCGGAAGACUAGACUUUGACCAUGCUCAGAAAGUAUCCAAGUUGUUAAGUCAGAUUAAAUAUAAAGAACCCCUUGUUAAAGAAAUGAAGAAUAAUUGCUUCAAUCCUCUGGAAUGUGCCUUUUUCAAGCAAGCUCAACUGGCUUCUGUAUUGGCAAGUGAUAUUAAAUACAAAAAAGAAAGUCUGAAUAGUCUUCAUAAACCAACAUCUGCAUUUCCAAACCUAUUACAAUUAGAGCAUGCAUUGAAUGCCAGCAAGAUCCAUAGUAAUUAUGAAUAUAAGAAACUAUUUGAGAAAACUAAAGGGCUCUAUCAUUUUGAAGUGAAUACUGCUGAACAGCUGCACUACAAAGAAAAUGCAGUCCUGCAAAGUCAGGUUAAAUAUAAGGAGAAAUAUGAAAAAUCAAAAGGCAAAUCUAUGCUAGAAUUUAUAGACACACCAACAUACCUAAUUUCAAAGGAAGCUCAAAAGUUUCAAAGUGAAAAAAUAUAUAGAAAAGAAUUCGAAGAAAAAAUCAGAGGGAAAGCAGCCUUGGACUUAGACAAGACUCCAGAAUUCUUGCAUGUGAAACACGUAACAGAUUUACUUAAAGAGAAAGAGUAUAAAAAAGAUUUGGAAGAAGGGACAAAAGGAAAAGGACUGUCAGUACUUGAAGAUACUCCAGAUUUGAUCAGAGUGAAAAAUGCAGCUCAGAUACUAAACGAGAAAGAAUACAGAAAAGAUCUGGAACAGGAAAUAAAAGGAAGAGGAGUGAAAUUUAUUUCAGAAACUCCCGACUUCCAAAGAGCAAAGAGAGCAUCUGAAAUUGUUAGUGAGAAAGAAUAUAGGAAAGAUCUGGAGACCAAAAUUAAAGGAAAAGGAAUGCAAGUUGGCACUGAUACUCCUGAAAUACAGCGAGCAAAAAGAGCAUCUGAAAUUGCAAGCCAGAAAGAAUACAAGAAACAUCUAGAAAUGGAAAUUAAAGGAAAGGGAAUGCAAGUGGGCACGGAUACGCCUGAUAUACAACGAGCAAAAAAAGCUUAUGAUCUCGCAAGCCAGAAAGAAUACAUGAAGGACUUGGAGACUGAAAUCAAAGGGAAAGGAAUGCUAAUAGGCCCAGAUAUUCCAGACAUACAGCGAGCAAUGAAGGCGUCUGAAAUAGCUAGUCAGAAGAAGUAUAAAGAUGAAGCAGUGAAGAUGCUAUGUACUUAUUCUGCUGUGCCAAAUACUCCCGAAAUUGAGAGGAUUAAAAAUGCACAAAGAAAUAUCAGUGCUGUACUUUACAAGAAAAAAUUAGGUGCUGGUAUAACAGUAGCAGAGACUCCUGUGACUGAACAUGUAAAGAAAAAUCAGAAAAAUAUUAGCACAGUGUGCUAUAAAGAACAGCUUGGUAAAGGUACUUCAGUGAGUGUCACUCCUGAAAUGGAAAGAGUCAAGAAGAAUCAAGAAAUUAUCAGCUCGGUCAAGUACAGCAGAGAUCAGCAGCAAAUGAAAGGUAGACCUAGCGUGAUGCUAGACACACCUGAGUUAAGGCAUGUCAAAGAAACACAAAACAUCAUCUCAAUGGUCAAAUAUCAUGAAGAUUUUGAGAAGACAAAAGGCAGAGGGUUCACUCCAGUAGUGGAUGACCCUGUAACUGAACGGGUGAGACGGAAUACCCAAGUGGUUAGUGAUGCUGCAUACAAAGGAGUUCACCCACAUAUAGUUGAAAUGGACAGGAGACCUGGAAUAAUUGUGGAUCUCAAAGUUUGGCGCACAGAUCCUGGCUCCAUCUUCGACCUUGAUCCUUUGGAAGAUAAUAUUCAGUCUAAGAGUCUACAUGUGCUUUUGGAAAAAGCAAGACGUAGCCAAUACCAUUUGCAUUCUACCAGUACUUCUGGCGUUGGAGAUGACAAAUCAGAUGAUUCUAUAUUUUCUUACUCCAGUGAGGCAACAAGACUAUCUAAUGAAGGAGGAGCCCCUGUGCUUCCUGGGGCCUACCAACAAAAUCAGCCCCAAGGAUAUGGAUACAUGCACCAGACUAGUGUGUCAUCUAUGAGAUCAAUGCAUUCACAGCCACAUUCAGCUAGCUUGAGAACUUAUAGAGCUAUGUAUGACUAUAGUGCCCAAGAUGAAGAUGAAGUUUCCUUCAGAGAUGGUGACUACAUCAUCAAUGUACAACCAAUUGAUGAUGGUUGGAUGUAUGGUACAGUUCAGAGAACUGGGAAAACUGGAAUGCUUCCAGCAAAUUACAUUGAAUUUGUUAAUUAGUUCAGCAUUAAUUCUUAUGAGCAUUUUGAUUUACUUAUAAUCUUUUUAAACAAAGUAUUUUUAAAACCACAACUUUAUGAUUUCCCUGUUAAUGUAACAAACUGUGAUCAUAUGCUAAAGUCAACAUAUAGUCCAAUAGGGAAUCUAGGAAUAUUGAGCUUUGAAAGCAUGAUACUUAAAAUGAUUUAUAAAAACACACUGAUGGUGGAAACUUGAUUAAUUUCGGUUAGCUCCCAAAUAGAAUCCUGCCUUUACAGUAGGUUGUGUUUUUCAUUUGAAUUAUAAGUAUAAAGCAACUGAUAUUUUUUUAUUGUGUGACUUUGAAAUUGUAAGAGGUAUAGCUUGCUGUUGAGGUUUGAGUUAUUAAAAAAACAAGUGCAUCGAAUCAAUGUUUUUGUUGUAAUGAAUGACAUGAUAAAAAGUUGCUUACUAUU